GAUGUUUUCUUCUGACUUCAUCAUGGCGCCUCCAGUCGUAGUCUCGCCCCUCAUUAAGACCACCAGAUGGUCUGCUCUGCUGCUCGGUUUGCUCUAUGGGAAACAAAGGUUUGAUUACCUGAAGCCCAUAGCUGAGGAGGAGAGGAAGGUUGAAGAAGCAGAGAAGAAGCUCCGAGAACAGCAGGAGAGCAUUUACAAACGACUAUCAGAAGAUUCUGACACCAUCCUCAAAUGAACUGUUUAUAGACCAUCGAGGAAAUGUGUCAGUAUUGACAUCUGUUAUGAAUUGAACUCGAGCAAAACAGUUUGUUUUUCACAUUAUUUAUGUAACGUGUUAAUGAUGUGCAUUGUUAAAUCAUCUCCUGAAAAUAAUUUAUGGUCAAAUAAAAACCUCAGAGAUAAUUUUAUUUAUUUAUUUUAUUAUUUCUCAGAUCUUAUAAAAAUUUCAUUCAUCAGUUUUGUUUGUAGAGCAAGUAUUAGAAACACUGGCACUUCUUGUUCUGAGAGCAGCUAGUGCACCUGUCCUUCAUGGAGAGAUGAGCCUGAGGAAAAGUAUUGUUGUAAUCCAAGCCAGGUUUAGCUGUAAUCCCAGGAUUAGGGUCAGGGACCAGUAGUAAAAGUGCAGCGUGGGCAGAAGUUAUCCCCAGUACUCCUGUGUUGUGUAAUAUUUUAACACUACAGCAGAAGCUAUUGUAGAGUUCAGAGAGUU